CCCCGAGCGCGACCCCGGAGCUCGCGGGCCAGGCCCGAGGGGCCGAGCGGCGGCGGGGCGGCGGCGCGGGGGCGGCAGGCUCCGGACCCGGCCCGUCUGCAUCGCGGCGGCGUGGCAGAGGCGCGCGGAACUGUGAGGGCCCCCGCGGGAGGAACGUUUUCCUGGGUCCACUGUUAACAAUCUGUACACUUUUCCAAGAGCAGCAGAAAAUGCAUGAAUCCCAGGGGCCAGUGUCAUUCCACGACGUGGCCGUGGACUUUACCCAGGAGGAGUGGCAGCAGCUGGACCCUGAGCAGAAGACAACCUACAGGGAUGUGAUGCUGGAGAACUACAGCCAUCUGGUCUCCGUGGGGUACGAUAGCACCAAACCAAAUGUGAUCGUCAAGUUGGAGCAGGGAGAAGAGCCGUGGAUAGCAGAAGGUGACCUCCCGUGUCAGAGUCCAGAAGAAGUCUGGAAAGUUGAUGACAUGACAAACAGAAUCCAAGAAACUGAGGAUGAACGUUCCAGGCAAGCUGUUUAUAUCAACAGCAAAACCCUGAUUGAAGAAAGAGAGAAUGCAUUUGAUAAAACUUGUAAUACAGAAACAAGCCUUGUUCCUUCAAGCAUAUCUCAUAAUUGUGUCUCAUGUGGAAAGAAUUUAGACUCUACUUCGGAAUUAAUUAUUAGUGAUGGAAGCUAUGCAAGAAAGAAACCUGAUGAGUGUACUGAAUGUGGGAAAACAUAUCAUGGAGAGAAACCCUAUGAAUUUGAUCAAAAUGGGGAAGGCUAUUCUCAAAAUGAAGAAAAUAUUCUUCAGAAAAUUAAUAUUUUGGAGAAACCGUUUGAAUAUAAUGAGUGCAUGGAAGCCUUAGACAAUGAAGCCGUUUUCAUUACUCAUAAGAGAGCUUAUAUGGGGGAGAAGCCCUAUGAGUGGAAUGAUUCUGGAUCAGAGUUCCUCCAGAUGUCAAAUUUUAAUGUGUACCAGAGAUCACAAAUGGAGCUGAAGCCCUUUGAAUGCAGAGAAUGUGGAAAAUCCUUCUGUAAAAAGUCAAAAUUCAUUAUACAUCAGAGGGCUCACACAGGAGAGAAACCUUAUGAAUGUAAUGUCUGUGGGAAAUCCUUUAGCCAAAAGGGAACCCUCACUGUACAUCGGAGAUCACACUUAGAGGAGAAGCCCUAUAAGUGUAACGAAUGUGGAAAAACUUUCUGUCAGAAGUUACAUCUCACUCAACAUCUGAGGACUCAUUCAGGAGAAAAACCCUAUGAAUGUAAUGAAUGUGGGAAAACCUUCUGUCAGAAGACACAUCUCACUCUACACCAGAGAAAUCAUUCGGGAGAGAGACCGUAUCCAUGUAAUGAAUGUGGAAAAUCCUUCUCCCGCAAGUCAGCCCUCAGUGACCAUCAGAGAACACAUACGGGAGAGAAACUUUAUAAAUGUAAUGAAUGUGGGAAAUCCUACUACCGAAAAUCUACCCUUAUUACACAUCAGAGAACCCACACAGGAGAGAAACCCUAUCAAUGUAGUGAGUGUGGAAAAUUUUUUUCUCGGGUAUCGUACCUCACUAUACAUUAUAGAAGUCAUUUAGAAGAGAAACCCUAUGAAUGUAAUGAAUGUGGCAAAACCUUCAAUUUAAAUUCAGCCUUCAUUAGACAUCGAAAAGUACACACAGAUGAGAAAUCCCAUGAAUGUAGUGAGUGUGGAAAGUUCUCUCAGUUCUCCUAUCUCGCUGACCAUCAUACUACUCCUUUAGGAGAGAAACCCUAUGAAUGUAAUGAAUGUGGGAAAACCUUCCUGGAAAAUUCAGCCUUCGAUGGGCACCAGUCACUUCCAAAAGGGGAGAAAUCCUAUGAAUGUAAUAUAUGUGGAAAGUUGUUCUCUGAGUUGUCAUAUUACACUAUACAUUAUAGAAGUCAUUCAGAAGAGAAGCCCUAUGGAUGUAACGAAUGUGGGAAAACCUUCUCCCAUAAUUCAUCCCUCUUUAGACAUCAGAGAGUACACACAGGAGAGAAACCCUAUGAGUGUUAUGAAUGUGGAAAGUUCUUUUCUCAGAAGUCAUAUCUCACUAUACAUCAUAGAAUUCAUUCAGGAGAGAAGCCCUAUGAAUGUAGUAAAUGUGGAAAAGUCUUCUCUCGGAUGUCAAACCUCACUGUACACUACAGAAGCCAUUCAGGAGAGAAACCCUAUGAAUGUAACGAAUGUGGGAAAGUCUUUUCUCAGAAGUCAUACCUCACUGUACAUUACAGAACUCAUUCUGGUGAGAAGCCCUAUGAAUGUAAUGAAUGUGGGAAAAAAUUCCACCACAGAUCAGCCUUCAAUAGCCAUCAGAGAAUCCAUAGGAGAGGAAAUAUAAAUGUGCUUGAUGUGGAAAAUCUCCUGUGAAGUCAAAUCUCAUUUUAGAAAACCCUCUGAAUGUAAUUAUUUGGUGUCAGAUAUCAUGGUCUGAGUUUAUGUUUCUGAAUGGGGGAAAGCACUUAGGCAUUAGAUUCAUUUUAAUCUGAAUUUUCACACAGAGGAAUCCCUCAGAAUACAACAAGAAGCAAAGCCAGACCCUACAACUCAUUGGAUACUAGAUUAUACAGGAGUGAAACUUUAUGAAUAUUUAAUAUUUAUUUUGGAUUCAAGUUUUAUUUACAUAUCAGGGAAUCUUACCAUGGCGAAAUCUGUUACAGUAAUAAAUGUGGGAAAAUAUAUUAUCUUGGAAAUGUUAUACUAAAAGCCAUAUUUCUGAUGUAAAAUCAUGUGUUUAUAAGAACGAUAUCAGAAGCUAUCAGUUCUGAAUAAACCUUCAUUGUAUAAAGUGAAGUUUUCAAAUCAUCAGGACGUGAUGAGGUCAGUAGCAUUAAAUACCCAUAUGGAAUUUUCCUCAUGUUUUAAAAAUGCAACCUAACAAUAAUUCUAUGCAGUUCUAUGUAAAUUGGGAUUUGAAUAAUUUGUGAAAAGGCAGUAUUUUUAUUUGAGUAUUAAGAUGGCAAAAAGUACUAACCCAGGUUAUAAUGUUGGUGAAAUAUUUGACAAGUACAAAGUGAAAUACUUAAUUUUCUAUUCUUUAGAGGCAUUUACAAAUGGGCUAGUAAAUGCCUCAUCAAUAGAAAAACCAGUGAUUUUUGUAUUUUCCAUCUACAUUUGAGCAAAAAAGAUUUUGAAAUAUGCUAUUUUUAUAAGCUAUGCAUAAUUUGGAGUUGUUCGUUUCAAUGAAAAAGAAUAACUGUACUAUUAAUACUCUAUAAAAUAUGCCCAGCUCUGAUACCACUUUUGUUUUUAACCCACAAGUUUGAGUGUGCAGUGUGCUAAUAUUAUGUAAUUCAGAAGUUUUAUCUGUACUUUUAUUUGAUAUUAGUACAGUGUUAUUAUUUUGUGCACUGCUCCUUAUUCCCAAUAUUUUGGAACAUAUUAAUACACAUUUCUAGCAGACAUUUUUGGUUAACUCAAUGUCCUUUCUUCCCUCUCCUUGAUGAAAGAGUUUGGAUGUUUGUCAUUUCUUCACAUGACUCAGAGGGUAAAUCCUGACUAGUCUAAACCAGGGGUGUCCAAACUUUUUUCAGCGUUUUUCACCAAGGGCCAUAUGUGGUAAAAUACACAAACAGCCGGGCCACUCACUCGAGGUGAAGUACGUAUUGCCUCACCUGGCUUAUUUAAGUAAACUAAAUAUAUUUUUGGAAUUUGCUGUGGGCCAAUAAAAACUGGAUUGCAGGCUGCAGUUGGCCCGUGGGCAGCAGUUUGGACUCCCCUGGUCUAAACCAAUCAUGAUAAUUCCAUUCUGAUUGCCAGUAACUGUCUUCUAGUGAUCAUACGACCCAAUUCUGGGCAAACAAAAGUGAUGAACUGUGUCUUACUCCAGGAACGUGAGGGUGUUUUAAUAAUAAAUCACUAACACAUCACAUAAAGCAAAGUAGCCUAGUAGGCAGGCAAUUAAUAUGGUAAAAUCACCAUCCAUUUAUGUUCUUAGCAAACUGGAUAGAAAGGAACUUCUUUAGUUGGGUAAAGAGUAUCUUAAACUACAAUCAACAGCAUACCUAAUGAUGAAAUAUUGAAAGUUUUCUCCCAAGGUAAAAAAAAUAGACCAGGAUAUUUACUAUCACUAAUCAGUAUCGUGUAGGAGGACCUAGCCAGGAAAGUAAGGGGAAAAAAUAAGCAAAAGGCAUAAGGAUCAGAAAGAAGUAAAACUUUUAUUUGCAGAUGAUGUGAUUUUGUACAUAGAAAAUUCUGAGGAAUAUCCAGAUAAUUAGAAUUAUUAAAAUUAAUGAGUAAAUUUGCAAGUUCCCUGCAAACAUGUUCAUUAUGAAUAAUUUUUUUAAAUAUACCAUCAAUGAUCAUAAAAAAUUAAAGUUUUAAAAGCAAUACCACUUACAGUAGCAUUAAAAAAUCCUCAAGUGCCUAGGGGAACAAUUAUCUAACCAUAUUUUCAAUAACUGUGUCCAGAAAAAACAAUUACAAAACUGGGAGGGACAUACCUAGUUCAUGGAUUCCAGGACAAUCUUAAAAAGAUGUCAGUUUUUCCCAAAUUAAUUCAUAUAUUCAAUGCAAAAUUAAAGUCCUGGCAGUUCUUUAAAAUUUAGCUAAUUCUGAAAUUUAUGUGAAAAUUGAAAAGACCAAUAAUAGCAAGGCUAUCUUCUAGAAUAGAUAGCAAGAUGACUUAAUAUUGGCAGAUAUCAAGACCUGUUAUAAAGCCAUAGAAGUUAUGAUGGUGUAGUAUUGACACAAAUUGACCAGUAGAACAGAAUAUAGAUUCCAAAACACCCAUACAGAAUACCAUCAGUUGACUUUUUUGUGAAGAUGAUAAUGCAGUGUGAUGGGGGAAACGAUGUUCUUUCCAAGAAAUACUGUCAAUUUUAGUUCAUAAUUUAGUAGAACAUUGGAAAAACAACUGAGAUGAAUUGCAGAUCUAAAUAUGAAAUGUAAAGUAAUAAAACUAUAAGAAGGAAACUUAGGAGACUGUAACUUUAUACUAAACAAUUUUUUUUUAAGAUUCAAAAAGCCCUAAAUCAUAAAAUAAAACAUGUUAAUUUGGAUAUAUUAGGUUUUAAAACUUCUUUUUAUCAAAAAGACCCAUUAAGAAAUCAAAUAGGCAAACCACAGAGGGGGAGGAGGUAUUUCAUGUAUGACUGCACACAUGAGUUUAGAGGGGCUGGUAAGUGUUUCUGGUAAGGGGGCCAGGUAGUAUUUUGGACUUUGCAGGCUAGAGAGUCUCUGUCACAGCUCCUCACCUUUGCUACUGUAAUGGUGAAAGCCAUAUACAAAAACAGGUGAAUGUGGCUGUGUCCUAAUAACACUAUUCACAAGCACAGGUGGCAGUCUGGAUUCGGCCUGCAGGCUUUAAUUGGUGACCCCUGAUGUAAAAUAUAAAAGGACACCUACAAAUCAAAAUCACAGAAAAUUGGCAAAAGACUUGAACAUCUACUUCAGAAAAGAGGGUAUCCAGAUGGCCAGCAAAUGUGAAAAGGUAUGUUAAUUUUAUUAGUACUCAGGAAAAUGCAAACAUUUAAAAUACCAUGUGGUACUUCUACCGGUCCACUGAAAUGGUUAGAAUUAUUUUUGAAAAGCAUGAAAAAGCAUCCAGUUUUGUCAAGUUUAAACAACAGGAAGUCUACACUGCUGCUGAUGGUGCCAAUUGAUAUAACCAUUUUGGAAAGCUAGUAUUUACAGUUGAACAUGUGGAUACCCUUUUAACCCAAACCUAGCAGAAAUGCUCAUGUCUACCAAGCUUAUUUAUGAUCACCAAAGGACAUGCGUUAGAAUAUUCAUGGUGUAAAACUGCAGAAACCAUAUGCAGUCGAGUGAAUGAACUUAAGUGGUAUGUUUCCACUAUAGAAUGCUGUAAAGCAAAGAGAAUGAACGAAUUACAACUCAGUUUCACAGUGUCGAAUGAAGGAGUCCAGACACAAAAACAUCUUGUGUGAUUCCAUCUAUAGAAAGUGUAACGACAGGCAAAAUAGCUACAAAUCAAAAACAGAAAAUGGGCAAAAGACUUGGACACCUACUUCACAAAAGACGGUAUUCAGAUGGCCAGCAAACAUGAAAAGGCAUGUUAAUUUUAUUAAAAGUCAGGAUAGCAGUUAGCUUGGCAAAGACUGAAAAGGGUGUUUAACUGGUGCUGAUAAUACUCUUUCUAAACCUGGGUGCUGAAUAUCUUGAGUGUUCUGUGCACUUAAGAUGUGUUUGUUUUCUGCAUGUAUAUUAUACUUGCAUAAAAAGUUUUAAAAUCACGUGUCUACCAUUUCUGUUGCUCAGCACUCUUUUGCCAUAUUUUUCUAGAUGUGUAUAAAUAUGCUGUGUAACAGGAAUUAAAUGGUAGAUUUUGCAUAAUUCUGUGCAGGAAAUACUCUAUAGUAGUUUUAAUGGCAACUACUAAGAUUUCCUACACUGUGACCUUAAAACUUAAUAUAAUGUAUAUUUUAAGUAAAAUGUUUGAAAGGUGGUGGGGCCAUUACAUAUUUUGUCAUCCUACCCUUUUGCAUAUCUAAAUGGGUCUGAACUGCCUCUUCAAUAAAGAACUAAUGUGUGUAAACAUUUCA